AUGAAUGAUAUUGAUUCUAAUGGAGGUGGAUUGUUCUUUGUGUAUGGUUACGGAGGAACGAGCAAGAUGUUUGUGUGGAGAACAUUAUCGUCAAAGAUAAGGAGGCACGGUGAUAUUGUUCUCAAUGUUACUUCGAGUAGAAUAACAUCUUUGCUAUUACUGGGAGGGCAAGACGACGCAUUCAAGAUUUGCUAUACAACUCUCUUUGAACGAAGAUUCUAUGUGCAAUAUAUCGUAUUAAGCCUCACAAAUAACUUGAGACUACGGAACUUAGUUUCAGAGGAAGAUAAACAGACGGUUGAUUGGUUUUCAAAAUGGAUUGCAGACAUCGGAGAUGGGAUUACAGGGGUUGUAAAUGACGGUUUGUCUGAGAUCGAUAUUCCGACACGAUUUCUGUUGAAGUGUGGACCCAAUCCAAUAGCAACUAUAGUGGAAAACACCUUCCCAAGCACGAGAUAUGGCAUGUUUGAUAACAGUUAUUAUCCUUAG